AUGGCAACCACCGCUCUCAGUCAGCCCAACUUGAUGGAAACUGAUGGAUCACCAGCAGUCGAUGUCAGCAACUCGUCCACCCCAGCUGGAGAAGGCAACAAACCCAUCGUUGGCAUCAUUUACCCUCCACCCAACAUUCGAGAAACGGUUGACACAGCUGCAGCAUUUCUCGCCAACAAACCUGCACAACUCGAAGAUCGUAUUCGUGAAAAUGAACGACACAAUCCCAAGUUUUGUUUUCUGAACCCCAGCGACCCAUAUCACGCUUAUUACCAGUUCAAACUUAGCGAGGCUCGAGAAGGCAAAGUAUCGAAGAAGGCUGGAAAAGAAGAAAAGGAAGAUCAACGCAAGACACCAGAGGAAGACACCAAUGCACCACCAAAAGAGCCUGAGCCAUUUGAGUUUUCAGCACAGAUGCCUGCCAUGUCAGCUCAAGAUCUGGAUAUCAUGAAGCUUACAGCACAAUUUGCAGCACGAAACGGUCGCCAAUUCAUCAAUCAACUUGCACAACGCGAAUCACGCAACUAUCAAUUCGAUUUCUUACGGCCAUCACACAGCCUAUUCCCGUUUUUCACUGAGCUUGUCAAGCAAUACACCAAAGUGUUGGCACCGCCAAAGGAUCUCAAGGAAAAGUUGUUGAUGAACAAGAAUACAAAGUAUAAGAUUCUCGACCGUGUCAAGGAGCGUGUUGAAUGGGUUGCAUGGACCGAGGCUGAGAGAAAGAAGAAAGAAGAUGAGGAUGAAAAAGAACGACUUGCAUAUGCAAGCAUUGAAUGGCAUGAUUUCGUUGUCGUGGAAACGGUUGAAUUCAAUGAAGCGGAUGAUCAAAUGGAUUUGCCACCACCCAUGAGCUUAUCAGAAUUGGAGAACAUGUCACUCGCCCAAAAACGAAUGAACGCUUUAGUCGAGCAGCCACAAGAGGAGAAACCUGGUGACGUGGAGAUGGAUAUCGAAGAUGUGGAUAUGGAAGAAGAGAGUGAUCAAGAGGAAGAGCAACGACCACCUCCUGAACAAGUCAAGGUGCCCGAUACCACUGCAGCCAUCAAAGUUCGCACCGAUUAUCAACCCAAGCUUCUUGGUGCCAAUGCAGCCAAGAAGAAUGAACCAACACAAAUCUGUCCUCGUUGUGGUUUGGCCAUUCCAGUCUCAGAAAUGGAUCACCAUAUGCGUAUUGAACUUCUUGAUCCCAAAUGGAAGGAACAAAAGCUGGCAGCAGAGGCAAAGACCAAAGACAGCAACUUGCUUCAAGAAGGAACGGAUGUUGCCAAGAUUCUCAAGAACUUUUCUGGUUAUCGUUCUGAUAUCUUUGGUGAAGAGGAGACGGCGAUUGGUAAAAAGAUCCACGAGGAAGAAGAGGAAGCAAGGAAGAAGGAACGUGUUACUUGGGAUGGUCACACUGCCACUAUCAGCUUAGCUACACAACGUGCUCAACAAAACACAUCCAUCGAAGAGCAAAUUGCAGCUAUUCAUAGGAGCAAGGGCUUUACACCUGAUACAUAUGGACCACGAAUGCCUGAUGCUACGUUAUCGCAAGAAGCUGUUCCAGCAGCACCCGCACCAGCAGCACCAGUACAGCAACCCUAUUACAGUGCAGCACCAACAGCAAGUGCAGCACCGAUGCCUGAUCCUUCGGGUGCUUUCAGCAAUCAACUUCCCAACAUGUAUGUGUCACAGGCACCGGUGCAGCCACCAGUGAUGGGAGCAGCAUCAGCGACGCCACCAAUGGUGGAUGGUGGUGUGCGUAAAGCAGAGGAGGACUUAGAGCAAGCAGAUGCCAAGCGACCUCGAUUUGAUAAUGCACAACCUGGAAUGGAGCCUCAAUGGAAUGCACCACCCCCUGAAAUAUCUGUCAACAUUGUUACUCCAAACAUGCCAGAGAAGCCUGAAUGGAACCUUAACGGCAGCACUAUCACUAUUUCGAAUCUUCCACCAAACACUCUUAUCACCACACUCAAGGAUCGUAUAUCUUCACAACUUGGCAUGCCGGCUGGCAAACAAAAAUUGACUUCAGUAACCAAUACGGUCCUCAACAAUAGCAAGAGUUUGGAGUUUUAUGGUAUUGUAGAAGGCACAACAUUGACUUUGGGUAUUAAGGAUCGAGGCAAAAAGUAA